GACGAGAGAGAGAGGGACGAGAGAGAGAGAGAGAGAGAGAGAGAGAAAGAGAGAGAGAGAGAGAGAGAGAGAGAGCUUAAGGGGCAACUGGAUUUUGGGAGGAGUGGGAGAAGACGCUGGUGACAAGUGAGACCAUGGACCGGCUACACCCCCACGGCUUCUGUCUCAGCUCAGUCCCUCUGCCUCAGCACCGGCAAUGAAUGGGCCUGCCCUUCAGCCUUCACCCUCCUCGAACCCCCGGGGCUGGAGUGAAUUCUGUGAGCUUCAUGCUGUGGCCACGGCCAAGGAGUUGGCCAAGCAAUAUUGGCUGUUUGCCAGCGAGCACCCCCACCAUGACCUGCUCGGGGCUGACCACUUCUCACUGCAGUUCACGGACCUCUUCCAGCAGUACUUCCGACACGAGGUGAGAGAGGGCUGGGCCAUGCACCAGCUACGGCUACGGCCCAUCACCUCCCGAGUCCGGGACUAUCGGGAGACUGGCAGGAGGCACACAGAUGGCCGGCAACACCCCCCCAAAGCGGAGGCAACUUCAGACGCCGGUGAGCGGGCCCCGGAGGUCACCUCCCAGACCCUGCCCAAAUCCCGGAGUUCAGAGGAGCUCACAGGAGGGGCCUCACCUCUGGCCUCUCCCCGCUCCAUCGCGCAUUACUCUUUCCACCACCUUCGAAGGAGCCUUCGCCAUAUCUUUCGACGCCGUCCGUCAGAAACUCUGGUUGCUGGGGAAGGAACAGGUGAGGGGGAGGCAGGUGACCCCCCUUCUAAACAGGGCCUGGCCAAGAAAAUCCUGCCCUGGAGCCUGUCUAGGGAGCCGGCUCCUGAGGCCCGAAAGGAGGGUGUCCUCAAAUAUGGCCUAGUGGACGAAGCCACCAUGGACAGUGGGGCCCUGCGGCAGCGGGGGCGACUGGUGUUGAGGAAGGUGGUGAGCCCAGAAGGUGGCGAAGACUAUGUCCUGGAGCUGUUUGAUCCCCCCAAGGGUUCGAAGCCCAAGCUCCAGGCUGCUUGUUCUUCAAUUCAUGAGAUCCGGAGAUGCACGCGACUAGAAAUGCCUGACAACCUCUACACUUUUGUCCUUAAGGUGAAUAAUCUAACCGAGGUCAUCUUUGAGACAGGAGAUGAGCAGCAGCUGAACUCCUGGACGACCGAGAUCAGAGAGUGCAUGAACCGAGGGUCAGAAGGAGCUGACCUAGAAUCACACGUCCCCUCACUUCCAGACCCUGGUAUAUCCAACUCCCGCAGUGGGAGCACCGACUCCCUUAACCAAGGUGCCUCACCUGGUGGACUGCCUGACCAGGCCUGUCAGAAAACCGACCACUUCCUCUCCUGUUAUCCCUGGUUUCAUGGCCCCAUCUCCCGAGUGAAGGCGGCCCAGCUAGUGCAGUUACAGGGUCCUGCAGGUCAUGGAGUGUUCCUGGUUCGGCAGAGUGAGACACGACGGGGAGAAUAUGUCCUCACAUUCAACUUCCAGGGCAGGGCGAAGCAUUUGCGCCUGUCCCUGACUGACCGAGGGCACUGCCGGGUGCAGCAUCUACACUUUCCCUCCAUCGUGGACAUGCUGCAUCACUUCCAGCGCUCCCCCAUCCCCCUCGAGUGCGGGGCUGCCUGUGACGUCAAGCUCUCCAGUUAUGUGGUGGUCGUCUCCCACACGCCAGGUUCAAGCAACACAGUUCUGCUCCCUUUCUCUGUCCACCACUGGAGUUCUGAAUUGGGCCUUCCUCACCUUAAUUCCUCUGGCUGUUCCCACAUGCUUAUCCCUGAGGACCUCCCACCAUCCAGGGCCUCUCCUUCCGAGCAGAUCUUUCACCUGCUGCCUCCCCCGGAGGAGCUGGCCAACAGCCUGCGGCACAUGGAGCAGUCAGCAGAGCCUCCGAGCCAGCCCCGGGACUCAGAUUACGACACAGAUUCACCUAACAGGGGUCACAUCCGGGCCAUAGACAAUCAGUACACACCUCUCUGAAAAACAGCUGGUGGCGGCCUCCUCCUCCGCUUGGCAAUGCCACCCCCGGCCCACCCCCACCUCACAGAAGCAUCAUGCAGUUUGACCUGUAGAGCUGGGGACUUCUGAAUGUACCUCUUUAUCCUUCUUCUUGCUAGACAGAGAUUGUACAAGGGAUGUUGUUGAUUGUUUAUUCCAGUUUGGAUGCUCCCCUAUUAGGCCUAUUAAAGGGCCUGUUGUCGAAUCCUUUUGGUAUUGUUUUUACUCUACAACUUUUUAAUCACUGUCUACAGAAGUAGCUGCUGUUGAGUUGCCCAUAUCCACACGGCUUUCAAGUGCUGUUGAUGAAGUCUGGAGUCUGGGAGGGUUCACUCUGCACACCAUCUACCCUCGCCCAGCCCAGCCGUUGCGGCUGCACACAAGUGCACAAGGAGGGACCCAAAUGAGCCAAGACAGAGGGGUCCAGAGGCCUUGCAGAAAAUGUACUUUCCCUUUCAUGAACAAAGGGACAAAGACAAGUAGACAAAUUUCUAAUAAGUGAGUCAGGAAACCCUAAACACUAAUGCCCCAGAAUACAAACUGAGAUUUUUUUUCUAUUUCAAUAGAAACCUGUGUCACCAGCUGAGGAAGAGGAAAAGGCGGGUCAGCCAUAUCUCCUGCCCCAGCUCGCCAUCACUCUGGCUAACACUGCUGCCACCUGCACUCUCAGAAUGAAGGGCGAGUUUUGAGGCUUACCCAGAAAGUUAAACAAACAAAAAACCAAACAUUUUUACCUCAGAUUAGUUCUUAAAGGAGGUUUCUAACCUAAACGGUUGCUUGUUUUUUAUUGCACUGUUUAGACUAAUAAAAACGCUAUUUUUGUAGUUAAAAUUUGAGAUAUGCAAAUGUUACUUCACUAGCUCAUGGUUCCACACCCAAAUGGGCAUGUUUUGGUCCCCUAAUGAAUUCUCAAGAAAAAACUUUUUUCCAUUCUAAAAAAUAACAAUGGGCUGCCAUCUGAAACAAACUUCAAAAAGUGAAAUGUGUCACAUCUCCAGGGAAAUGAAAGUGUGACUGCCUUGGGAAGACAGUGAUGGAGAGUUCUAUCCUGGUGCCUUAUUUAUAAAGAACUGGCUUCUGGCUUCUGUUAACUUCCUGAUUGGCAUUAGUGGGGAAGAGGGGAAUCAUGAUUCCCAGACCCUUCUGAAUGAAAUUCUUCACUAAAGUCCCAGAUGGAGGAAAUGGAAGGAGGACUGAAGGAAAUGUCCUUGCCUUUCUUGGCAGACGGCUGCCCCGCCCCGACGGCUUUCACAGCAUCCCCCUUCCCGAGGUACUUCCUGAGGACAAGCAUGACUGCCAAACAGGGAAGCCUUCUCUGUAGCUCUUGCCAUACGUGCCAUCAACACCAAGUUUCCUUCCUCAGCCCACCUUUAUUCUGAGCAACAUAAUUCUUGAUGAACCACACAGUCAAAUCAUCAGCUUUUGUCAAGAUCCCUGCUCAGGAUGACUUUCAUAUUUCUAAGAAAGUUUCAGCACCUAAGUUACCACUCUAUCCAUUUUCUCCUAACUGUAGUGAAGAGAAUUAUAACACUGUCUCCCAACACUAUCAUUCCCUACUCUAACCUGUCUUUCUGGAACUUGUUUUAUCUGGUCUAAGACUAGACAAAGAAAUUCAGAGGGAAAAAAAUCAUCAGCACCAAAGAAUUAAGCCCACUAACCUGCCUUGAAUUCUAGACCAGCAAUCCAAAUAGUUUUAUCUGGUAUAAAUCCUCUGCCUCUGUUAAUUUCUGGACCCUGUGGUAGAGAGGAAUAACAACAUUUUUAAUAUUGUGGACCAGAAAACACUAUUUUUUACAUAACAUUUACUUAGCUUGCAAAAUUAUCAUGGAUGGUUCCAUCCUAAGCCAUUGCCUCCAUGCUUCCUGCUCAUAGCUUGCUGUAUUCUCUACAGAUAUGGAUUGGCUUGCCCCUGCCCCACAAACCCCCCCACCCCCCAGCAAUGGGGGCUCAACAGUAUACUCCAUUAUCCUUAGUCUUUCAACCAACAUGCAUUUUCAAUCCAGCAUUUGUUGGGCUAGAAUGAGCAGUGCAUUCUUUUAGGUAUAAAAAUGCACUUUACAAAGACACAGAAAGUAAACUCAUUUUGUAUCUUCAAAGCCUUUGGCCUAUUUGCCAUGUAUUUCACUAUUCCUGUGGGAAAGGUUAGCCCACAUGACAUCUGUAAUGACAGAACAGGCCCUAGGGGAAAGCAUGGACGAACAGUAAUCAACCAAAUAACUUAUUCUGAAAUGAUGCAGAUUUUGCUAUAAUGUACAAACUCCUAAACGAAUUAAAAACCAUUUUCAGAAGCUC